AUGGAAAUGGAGAAUGACUUAAUUUAUAAAAAUGAAAAAAAGCUGCGAGAGCACUUGCAAGAGUUAGAGAAGACGUACAACGAGAAAAGCUUCACUUCAAUUCGGGAGGAACAAGUUCUAGCACUAUUUAAAGAUGUCCGGGCAAUUUCUGAAAAGCUGUGUAAGAUACAUCAACGGAUUGAUUACUCCAAACGCAGCGUUGCAGACCUAAAAACGUCACUGAAGGACUUAUAUUCUUCCAGGAAAUAUCUCAUUGAAGAUUACUGUAAAAAAAGAGAGACAUAUUCGCAGUGGUUAAAAAAUCGGCGGAAGCAAGUGGCUAGCAGUACUCCAUUAACCUUUCCGCUCGGUCGGCGUAACCAACAUAUCCAACACUUAGGACGUUGUGGGAAAUUUAAGUCUAUUUUUUCUUCAGACUUUGAACCCUUUUACGAGUAUAAAACUACAUGCCAACGUUUGAUUGCUUAUCUGGAAUCGCUCCAGCUACAGGUUGAGGACACAGAAAACAGCACUCAGCGUGAAAAUAUUUCUUUUGCUGAAAAUGGAAGGCAUAUUGAGGAGGACGAUGGUAUGAUUUCCCACCAGUUGGAAUAUGUCCGUCUUUUUGCUGAGAUUGAUCUAGAUUUACCAGUUACUUACCAGCAAGUUCCAAAAGCAUUAGAAGACGUGCGAGCGAGGCUUGAAGCUUGCAAGGAGCAGACCAAGUUAGUUGCUGUCAAAAGUUCUCGCUUAAAUACCCUUGGGAACAAUUUAGUUUUCGUCUUUCAUGGUUUAUACCAUAAAGUUUUUCAGAUUCAUCAAAAUAAAAUCUGCUGUUGUCUAGUAACAUUUUCUUUUCAAAACUUCUUUUUAGCAUUAUAA